AUGAAGGGUAUAGUCUCAGUCUGCUGUUUCGUCUCCCUGCUGUUUCUGCAGGCCACAGCAGAGGAAGAAGAGGUAACCGCCGCCCUCAGAGACAGAUCUCACAUCGACGAGACGUUGCGGCUUGCCACUGAGGAAAAGUCAGGAGACUAUGCAGCGGCUCUGCAGAGAUUGCGGAAGAUCUACCACUCGUCCAUCAAGCCGAUGGAGCAGGCCUACAAGUACAAUGAGCUGAGGCAGCACGAGAUCUCAGCCUACCCCGGACGAACCCUGGGGGACUCAGCAACAGAUGGAGAGAUCACCUCAAAGCCCAUGGUGUUGUUCCUGGGACCCUGGAGUGUAGGCAAGUCCUCCAUGAUCAAUUACCUCCUGGGCUUGCAGGACAGCCCCUACCAGCUCUACACAGGAGCUGAGCCUACUACCUCUGAGUUCACUGUAAUCAUGCAUGGAGAGAAGAUCCGCUCUGUGGAGGGUAUUGUUAUGGCAGCAGACAGCUCCCGUUCCUUUUCUCCCCUCGAAAAGUUCGGACAGAACUUCCUGGAAAAGCUGAUCGGUAUUGAGAUGCCCCACAAGCUGCUGGAGCGCGUGACCUUUGUCGACACACCUGGAAUCAUUGAGAACCGCAAGCAGCAGGAGAGAGGCUACCCCUUCAAUGAUGUUUGCCAGUGGUUCAUUGAUCGCGCUGACCUGAUAUUUGUGGUGUUUGACCCCACCAAACUGGACGUGGGCCUGGAGCUGGAGAUGCUGUUCCGACAGCUGAAAGGUCGCGAGUCCCAGAUCCGCAUUAUCCUCAACAAGGCUGACAACCUGGCCACCCAGGACUUAAUGAGAGUCUACGGAGCGCUGUUCUGGAGCUUGGCUCCCCUCAUCAAUGUGACCGAACCUCCCCGCGUCUAUGUCAGCUCCUUCUGGCCAUAUGACUAUGCACCUGACACCAGCCGUGAGCUCUUCAAGCGUGAGGAGAUCUCCCUCCUGGAAGAUCUCAACCAGGUGAUCGAGAACCGUCUGGAGAACAAGAUUGCCUUCAUCCGCCAACACGGCAUCCGUGUGCGCAUCCACGGCCUGCUAGUGGACCGCUAUGUCCAGACCUUCAAAGACAAGAUGAGCUUCUUCAGUGACCCCGAACUGGUCUUCAAGGAGAUUGUGGAUGACCCAGACAAGUUCUACAUUUUCAAGUCCAUUUUAGCCAAGACCAAUGUCAGUAAAUUUGACCUGCCCAAUCGUGACGCUUACCGUGACUUCUUUGGCAUCAACCCAGUCACCAACUUCAAGGCUCUGUCAGCUCAGUGCUCCUACAUGGGCGGCUGUCUUCUAGAUAAGAUUGAGAGGGCAAUCACUGUUGAGCUGCCCGCCCUCCUUAGCAGCAUCAACUCCGGCAAGCAGCCCGGCCUAUCCUCCUGUGAGGCUACUGGCUGUGGUGAGAAGCCUAAGAACCGCUAUCGAAAAAACUGAGGAAAAUAAAUUGAGAGUGGGGGUUGUGAGGAGAUAGAGGAGGUACAAGAAGAGAAAGAAAAAGGGACUGGUGUUGGCCAACCCUGCUUUUGUCAGAAUGACUACUGUUGAGGAGACAAAGGAAAGCAGAUUUGUGUUUGUUUUUUCUCAGGAGAAUGUGGGGUAUAGUGCAUUUGGGUACUGGGGGAAUGAGGGAGAUGAAGGGAGGGAUGGGUUGUUUCAAUGAUGAGGCAGCUUAAGGAUGCAAGUGCUGAAGAGAUGAGAACAUCACUGAGUUAUGUUAAAACACAAGCCCUCCUCUCUCCCUUGCACA